GAGACAUGGUAGCGAACGUUCCCCUGCUCCGACAUCGCGUUCUCAAGUUGCUCAAACGGUCCACCAAUUACACACAUCAGUACAACAACCUCAUUCUCGGUGCAGGGUAUCAACAACCGAAUAAAACUCAGCGGCGUUUCUUCACCGCAAGGGUGGUAGAGAUGAUAGAAGAGGGUCUCAUCGACAAAAUUGCCGUCCCUACGACACGCGGUGCUGCUGUUUGUGUACAGUUAACUCAAACGGGUGCCGAAUAUCUGGAGAAAGGAGAUUUAAGACAGGUCGAUUUUGAGGAGAAUGACUACAUGCUUCUUGCACCUGUUGAAGAGGAGGAGUAUGUAUGGACAGGUCCUGAAGAGGAUAAUGUCCCGAACAGGAUGGUGCCUUUGCAAAGGCAAAUCAUAGGUUUACUUGAGAGUAGUCCUAACGGAAUGAUUAUAAAGGAUAUUUCCCAAUCUCUCGGUUUCUUUGACCGUAGAACUAUCGAACAGAUGCUUACACGGCUCUGUAGCCGAGUUCCUCCUCGGCACAUAGCGGACCUUCACCCUGUCACAAUGCUUCAUGAUCAGAACCUUUCGGAUGAAAGGCUGGAUUGGAUUCACAUGGACAACGUAGGCAAUUUUACUGAUCUCGACGAAUCGAUCUUUUGGAAAGACCAAGACGAUAUCGACAAGCAUAUCAACGAGUAUCAAGUUAAUAAAGCAAGAAAAGCCAAUUCCAGCCCAACUAAACCGCGCAAAAAAGUGUAUAAGAAUGUCGGUCCAGAUGGACUACCCAAAAGAGGCAGACCUAGGAAAGCCGAAUCAGAAAAAGCAAAGAAACCCCGGAAAUACUCUUCUACAAACCCUCCCAAUGAGCCCAAGAAACCUCCAACGAAACGGAAGUCCAAAACGCAAAUUCUCAAGGAGGGAACCUUAGCCGAGGAAAUAGAUGAGCUCGAGAGUGACGAUGAUGAAGAUGCCGAUAGUACAGUCGAGGAACUGAUGUUCAGAUGGAAACUUCCCGACGCAGCCAAGCUGAAAAAGCCAGAAAGGUUACCAAACGCCAAUGGAGCAGAAGUACCCCUACCUGCGGUCACCACCAAAGAACCAGCUACUGCUGCUGAAUCGGAGGAUAGUCAACGGCUUUCUACGCCACUCCUUGCAGAUGAUGCCCCUUCCAAGGAACAAGCCGCCCAAGACAAAGGGGAAGGAGAGUCCAAAAAGAGAGACCGCCCCAUUCCAGAAGAACCCUCCGAAUCUCGUCCUUCGAAACGUCGCAAAGUAACUGAAAGGAGCCUAGGUCCACAAGCGGGUCCGAUGAACGAAGGUAAUUAUCGUUUAAUUUGA